CGCGCCGUGCCUCUCCCUGUAGAGUCCAGUCACCUCGGCUGGCGCGGAGAGCGGCUCGGUCUCCUUCCCCCGCGCGCGCGCGUCCCGAGGCAAUGGCUACGGUCGCUCCCCUGGGUGGGGACAAGCCUGCGGGUGCAAGGCUUGGCGCUGUCGCGGAGCUCGUCCGCGCCGCCGUGCGAGGUGCAGCCGAGGGAGGUGCGCCUCGGCAGGGCCUGGCGGCUGUGGCGGCGGCGGCGGUCCGCUCGGCCAUGGGAGAUCCCGCAGUGGUGCGUGAGGGCGACGCCGCGGAGGUCCAGGCGCGGAUCAGCCUGAUCGAGCCCGUCGUCGCUGAGCACGUUCGGGCUGCGAGCGAGGCGCGGCCCCCGCGCGUGGCGGGAGGUCGACGCGCCUGGCGGAACAUCGCGGAGCACAAGUUCCUCGACGAGAUGGGCAAGCCCUUCAGGGUCGAGGAUCGGUUCGAGAAGUCGGACGCGCAGGGCAAAUGCCUCCAGCGCGGCCGGCGGCUGCCGGCCGAGGUACGGGGCAAGGCCGGGAUGCGAUCCGUGUCGGGGGUGCUGACGCCGAGGUUCGAGGACAAUGGCGCGGACGAAGCGUCCGCUGGCUCGGACGAGGUGCUCACGGAGGCGACCACCUCCAGCGGGAAGUCCGAGGAGCUGGAGCAGCUCGGCGUCGCGGGCUCGGGGUCGGCGGCGGCGGACUCGGACGGCAUGGUGGGCCGUGUCCAGGAGCUCAUGGCGGAGCGCCAGCAGCUCCUGGCAGAACGAGACGGGCUCGUGGACGAGCUCAUGAGCACCAAGGCCCUUGCCUGGGAGCUCAGGCGCAAGGCGGAGGCCGCCUCGCCUUUCUGGGCCGACCUCGCAUGUGGGGAGGAUGAGGGGCCUGGAGGUGCGGCCAGUUUCGACUUCGAGGGCGUCUUCGUUGGGGCCGAUGCGGCGCGGAAGGAGUCGCUGCCAGAGGUCCCGCCUUUCCCGCUGCUGCAGGAUGGCGUGGGCGAGCAGCUGGUGGAGCAGCCCGUCGGCAUGGAGGCGUCGUUCAAGGAGAAGUUCGUGGGGUCAGCCUUGUCGGACAACUGUUCCCACGAGGAGGCGUCCGAGUGCCAGGCCGCCCGCAUCGGGGGCAGCAAGCCGACAGCGCUGGAGCCGAGGGCGUGUGGCGCCGAAGCGCUGGUGGAGGCGCCCGAGGGGGCCUCGAAGGGAGUGCGCUGGGCUGAUGACCUCGAUGAGAUCACCCAGCAGGUGGUGCCCGAGGUUUCGGCGGCGGCGGAUGCCCCGACGGAGGCCCAGCAGCUCAUUCUCGGCGCCGCUAUGCUGGCGAGGGAGGCCCUCCAGCGCGGCGACAUCGCCGAGGGCCUUCGGCUGCUGGAGGCAGCCCAGGCGAAGUGCCUGGAGAACUAGCCAGGUAGGGUGGCUACAUGCCAGAGGCUUCGCCUUUCUGUCUGUGCUGCACUUGUUUGGGGAGGGGGCCCAAC